ACUCAGUGGCUCUUUGUCCAGUCACAGAGGAGGGAGAGAGCUGCCUGACACCAUCAACACACAGCCGGUGAAGCAUCAAGACAACAACAUGAGAACCAUACUAAUUCCCGUAUUGUUUGUUCUGUCUGCUACUUGUGUCCCUGCCCUCUGUGGCAACGAGGAAACUCCUGUCCUCCAGCCCGGGGCGCCGGCUGAAACCCGGUCCCGAUUUGCUGGUCUGGAUGACGUGCGUCUCCUGGCGAACGGCCUCCUCCAGCUGGGCCAGAGCCUGCGGGAGUUCGUGCAGAGGACGAAGGGACAGAUAAAUGACAUCCUCCAGAAGCUCAACAUCUUCGACCACUCGUUCUACCAGCUGUCAGUGCUCGCCAGUGAAAUCAAGGAGGAAGGGGAGGAGCUGAAGAAGACCACUGUGGUGCUGAAGGCCAACAAUGACGAGAUCAAAGACCUGUCUGUUCAGAUCAACUCCAAGAUGGAAAACAUCAUGCAGGAGAAGAGUCAACUGCAGAACAAAGUGGAGGGCCUGGAGAAGAAGCUGAGCACUCUGUCGCACGGUCUGGUGACCAGCGAUCAAGUGGCAGAGAUCAAUGGCCUCAGGGACGUGAUCAACAGCCAGGAGCAGAGCAUCAUUGAGCUGCUAAACGCUGUGAAGGAGCAGAACGACCAGAUCAACCACCAGAAGACGAAGAUCAAGAUCCUGGAGGAAAAGCUUACAGCCAACACAUUAGCCCAGGACACCAUUGAGAGGAUGCCUGAAAACUUCAACAGUGAAGCACCAACACUCACCCCUUUUCUGACCUCAAGCUCGACCAGCAACCCCGAAAUGAUGAACCUGCCAUCAGACUGCAGCCAGCUGUUCAGCAGAGGGGAGCGAGCCAGCGGCGUCUACGCCAUCAGACCCAACGGAUCAGAGCCCUUCAUGGCCUUUUGUGACAUGAGCAAAGACUACGGAGUCACAGUCAUCCAGCGGAGGAGGGAUGGUUCAGUGAAUUUUGAUCAAACCUGGGAGAAGUAUGAAAAUGGGUUUGGAUAUUUUCAAGGAGAGUUUUGGCUGGGUCUCAGGAAGAUCCGCUCUCUAGCCGCUCAGGGCGACUCUGUUCUUCACUUCCAGCUGGAAGAUUGGAAACAGGUGAGACGCUUCAUCGAAUACAGAUUUUACCUUGACGGUCCAGAGAGCAACUACACCAUUCACCUCACACAUCUGUCUGGAGAUUUGCCGGACCCCAUCAGCAACCACACGGGCAUGAUGUUCUCCACCAAGGACAGGGACAAUGACAAGCACCAGGACCUCAACUGUGCCCACAGUUACACAGGCGGAUGGUGGUUCAACGCCUGCGGAGACACCAACCUGAAUGGGAGAUAUUUCCACAUGAGACCAAAGGGGCGUUCAGAGCGUCGGAGAGGGAUUCAAUGGAAGCCUGCCCGGAAAGCUCCCUACUUCCUCAAGCUCACCCAGAUCUCUGUCUACCCUGUAGCUCCACCUUCCUCCUCCUCAGCUUCCUCUGAGACAGGCAUCUUUCUCUGAUCCGGUACCAACAGUCUCCAGUGAAAAUACUCAAAACAAUCAGCAUCAAACAGCGGCCUCUUCAGGAGAGCCGUGGCAAUGCUUUUUGUCAGCAGCCAUGGUUUUAGAAGACUUGGGCAGCGAGGAAGCUGACAAGUCCUAAUAGAUUUAAGGUAGUUACAUAGGACACUCCUGUGUCAUAAACAGAAAGCCCAAAGAAUGACUUACGUCCUAUGGCCAGGAUGCUGUGCAUGUAGUUUCUAAUGUCGUAGAACAUCAAAAUGUAUACUGAAAUCUAAUAUACACUGAAAUGCUGUUAGCUUAUUGUUAAGAACCUCAUACCAUGGCAUGAAAUCUAUCUUCACUCACAGUAUCGCAGACAUCAAAGGUUACAGAGAGGAAACUGAAACAGACAGCCAUAUAUGAGCAGUUUUUAUAUUGGGUCACAUUGACUCACAGUGUACUGCUGUGGUUCCCAACACGGGAGGUGGGAGACCCAUUGAGCAGGUCACAAGAUACAUCUAAGGGAGAGAAUUAACAGGAUAUAAAAGACUACAAAACAUAGUUCUGACUCUUUAUUAAUUGUGUCUUUGUCUAGUGAAAUGUACACAAGUGUACUGUGCACAGAUUGAUCCCUUCUGUCCUCUAAAAAUGAUUCAGAAGCAACAAUGUGAAAUCUCACUAGUUACAGUUUAACACCCGCAAUGAAUGACAAGGGGUCCCAGAUAGACAUUGUUUCAUUUUGAGGGAUUAGUUAGUAGCCACUGCUAUAGAUAACACUCAUCUUUACUUUACAUACUCUAUUUUUGAUACAUUUGCUAUAUUUUAUUUAACUUGAAAAAAUAAAAGAAUGAUGGUGACUUCAUUCAAUGCUUAUAUUCAAAAACAUAUAUAAUGUCCUAUUUGUUACCUUGGGCUGUCAAUUGUUUGGUACUUACGUAAUAGAGUAAUGUCAACUUUGUUUUGAUGCCAAAGUCUAGUAAAUGACUAAUGCAAGUUCACGCUAUUACUACAUACUAAAACUGUCUGUAUGUUGCACUGGGAGGUUGUAGUGUGAUUGUACUGUGUUAUAAGGUGCCCUGAAUAGACUCUAGAGGGCAGUGUUGUUCUGUCUCAUGCAGAUAACCUUCUACUGAUUUGAUUCAGCUGCUUGUAUAAUUAGAUUCAAUAAAUUAUUUUUGUUGUGUCAA